AGUCUAGUAGAUUUGCUAUAUCGAGUUGUAAUUUUUGCCGAAUUGGUGGUCUAUAUGGCGCUAUGUAAAUGUUCAGACAGUUUAAAAGGACGGACACAGACUGUGAUGAUCACCCAUAGCUCCAGGCAUCUAACCGAAGGUCUCGAACGUUAAGCAGAACCUAUACUAAACCGUCAACAUGUCCGAAGAAGAGGAGGAAGCUACUCCCCUGGUCUGUGACAAUGGCUCCGGACUGGUCAAGGCUGGCUUCGCCGGCGACGACGCCCCUAGGGCUGUCUUCCCAUCCAUCGUCGGCCGCCCAAGACAUCAGGGCGUGAUGGUCGGUAUGGGUCAGAAGGACGCCUACGUGGGUGACGAGGCUCAGAGCAAGAGGGGUAUCCUCACUCUGAAGUACCCCAUCGAGCACGGCAUCGUCACCAACUGGGACGAUAUGGAGAAGAUCUGGCACCACACCUUCUACAACGAGCUGCGCGUCGCCCCUGAGGAGAACCCUACUCUGUUGACAGAGGCUCCCCUGAACCCCAAGGCCAACAGGGAAAAGAUGACCCAGAUCAUGUUCGAGACCUUCAACUCUCCUGCCAUGUACGUCUGCAUCCAAGCUGUCCUAUGCCUGUACGCUUCCGGUCGUACGACUGGUAUCGUGCUGGACUCCGGCGAUGGUGUCUCCCACACUGUGCCCAUCUAUGAGGGCUACUGUAUGCCCCACGCCAUCCUUCGUCUGGACCUGGCCGGCCGUGAGCUGACCAACUACCUGAUGAGAGUCAUGUGCGACCGCGGCUAUGCCUUCGUCACCACUGCCGAGCGUGAGAUUGUCCGUGACAUCAAGGAGAAGCUAGGCUACGUUGCCCUGGACUUCGAGCAGGAGAUGUUGACGGCAGCAACCAGCACUUCCAUCGAGAAGAGCUACGAGCUGCCUGAUGGACAGGUCAUCACCAUCGGCAACGAGAGGUUCCGCUGCGCUGAGGCUAUGUUCCAGCCAUCUUUCCUGGGUAUGGAGUCUGCUGGUAUUCAUGAGACUGUCUACAACAGCAUCAUGAAGUGCGACAUCGACGUCCGUAAGGACCUGUACGCCAACAACGUGCUUUCUGGAGGUAGCACCAUGUUCCCUGGUAUCGGUGACCGUAUGCAGAAGGAGAUGGUGGCUCUGGCUCCCACAACCAUGAAGAUCAAGAUCAUCGCUCCCCCAGAGAGGAAGUACUCCUGCUGGAUCGGUGGCUCCAUCUUGGCUUCCCUGUCCACCUUCGCAGCUAUGUGGAUCAAGAAGUCCGAGUACGAUGAGUCUGGCCCAGCCAUUGUCCACCGCAAGUGCUUCUAAAUGGACAAAACAGCUUUCGUUUCUUGUCCUUUUGCACUGUGUUUGCAUUACGUUGUAUUUCGGGAAUCACUGUUGUGGUCGUCUUUUGUUACUGGGACCAGUUGAACCUACUGUCAUAGAAGAGUGGUGAGAAAGGUGCAGUUGUUGGAGCUAUUGGAUCAUGUCUGGUGAUGUAGAGUACGUGGAUGCCACAGAACGGGACGGGGUCGUAGAAAUAGAUGGUGGAAAACUGAUUCAUGUUGAAAACCAUAUAUGCCGUGAUUGUUAUGUUAUUGUCGAUCCGUUACAUAUGAAUUGUAUGUUUUCGAUAUCUUUUUGUGAAUUCUAACUGCCAUUUAUAUCUACGUUAAGUCGUAUUUGUCGGAUGCUUAUUUCUCUAUUUUCUGUGUCCAAAUAAAGUCUUGUUUC